AUGGGAUCAGGACAAUAUUGUCAUUAUGGACUUGAGAAUGCAUUAAGAUCGUUUAUUGAUGAGUAUGUACACAAAGGAAUUGUUGUUGAAUGCAUUAAACUUCUUGUAAGUAUAGAUGGUGCUCCUCUUGCUGUUUCAUCGGAAAAAUGGUUAUGGAUUAUUAGUGUCUCUGAAAAAGAACUUAAGCUAGUUGAAGUACUUGCAAUUUAUCAUGGUGAAGAUAAACCAUCUAAUGUCAAUGAGUUAUUGAAAGAAUUUAAAGAAGUCACACUUUUCAUAAAUAAUGGAAUCAGCCAUAAAGAUAAACAUUAUUCUGUGAUUUUACAUGCGUUAGUAUGUGAUGCACCUGCAAAAUCGUAUGUUAUAUGCGUCAAAUACCAUUCAGGCUAUUACAGCUGUACGAAGUGUACAAUUGAAGGUGAAUACGAUGGUGCAGUACAUUUUCCUGGUUGUAUUGUCACUUUAAGGACUGGCGAAAAAGUAAAAAAUCGCGAGUACAAUGAUCCAUUGGGCUAUGACUAUCAAAAAAAUGGAGAAACCAUUUUAAAGGAUAUUCCAAAAUUUGGUUUGGUUACUAAUGUAGUCCUUGACUACAUGCAUUUAAUUUGUCUUGGAGUAAUGUUGAAACUUAUUGAAUUAUGGAUAAAAAAUAUACUGUCAGAUGCAGAUAUUGACAAAAUGUCUGAAAGAUUGAUAAAUAUAAAACAAUUUGUUCCAUAA